UAACAGCUGAUUGCCAAAUUCAAUUAUUUGUAUUUAUUUUAUAAAUUACUUUUUACGUUUGGCUACUCAUUUAUAACGUAAAUUUUGUAUUCUUAAUAAACGUUUAUUUUAAUACUAUAGAGGUUAAAUUAUAAACAAAUAUCCGAUACAUACUUUGCGAACCAGUGAAUACAUUCUUACAUUCGUAUUUCCUUUGUAUUGAACCUCUAAAAAAUUGUGAUGUAUCAUCAUCAUAAGCAGUCGUUGGGAGCAACUCCGGGAAAACUAAUCGCAGUUAUAGGUGAUGAAGAUACAUGUGUAGGAUUCUUGCUGGGAGGACUUGGAGAAAUCAACAAAAGCAGGCAGCCUAACUUCUUAGUGGUCAAUAAAAACACAAAUAUUACUGACAUAGAAGAGACUUUCAGAUUGUUUACCAAGAGAGAUGACAUUGGCAUCAUUUUAAUAAACCAAAAUGUAGCAGAUUUGAUUCGUAACUCUAUCGUAACAUACCACCAAAAUAUCCCAACAGUGUUGGAGAUUCCUUCAAAAGAUCUUCCCUACGACCACAGAAAAGACUUUAUUUUCAACAGAGCUAAGGGAAUGUUCAACCCCGAUGAUAUCAAUUUUUAGACUAGUCAAUUGUGAACAGAUCUCUUUACUAUAUAUUGAACUAUUUCGUUCUUAAAUCUAGAAGUAUAAAUUUUUGUUUUUAAUCUUUUUGAACCGAGUUUAAAUAGAUCAUUAAAUGUUACCAAGCUA